GGAGCUAGAAAGUGAAAGAAAUUGACCUUCCGUGCAGACGAGUCCCGGAGGAGUGUUGGCUGUUCAGUUCCCUCGCCGGCGCUGUGUGAUUCGGGUUCGUUUGUAGCAGCUCUUCCUUGUCCAGGGAACAUGUCACGUGCGGGAUUCCACGCCCUCCUCCUCUUGUCCCUGGUCAGCCUUGGCCACGAUGCCUUUGGAAGGAAAAUCGAAGGACUAUUGGGCCAGGAGCAUACUAGAGGGCAGGAAAAAGCAGCUGUAGAAACCCCAUCUUCAGCUGGCAGAGAGGAUGUGCUGUCACCGCAGGAGCCUGGGCCAUGGGCACCGCAGACACAGGCAGUUCCAGUUCCAGUGACGUCACAUUCAGCUCCGCAUGUACCGGUGUUUAUGCCAGAAUUCACGCGUGCUCCGGACGGCUUAAACGGCUUGUAUUUACCCCCUCCCCCUCCCGAACCACCCACUUACUUGAUCAAACCAUCUUGCAACAAGAUGUGCGAGGAGAUGAAUUCGAAGGGCAUCUGCGAGAUUAAUGGCAUGUGUGUCCUCAGUCGAGGACGAUGAGCGUUGAGGUCAAAAGGAAAAACUGCUUUGUGUGUUUGUUUAACGUCUUAUGCAGAAUAGCUUUCGAGUAAACCAUUAGUUGCAUUUAACGUGACCUUCAUAUGCUAGAUAUAUGUACGUAUAUAUAGAUAAGGUAUGAAAAGGGAAACAAUGGAGUUUUGAGGAGUGAUCAGGUUUUUGUAAUUGAAUGGCUGCAGAACACAAAAGACCUUCGAUGAAUGAAAGCAACUUAUGGGGAGGAUGCCCAUUCAAGUGUGGUCGAUGAUCUGUGGAAACGGAUUCUAUCCCAGGGUGACCCCAGUCUACCAUUAAGAAGGAUACCAUCCAUCAAGUGGAGACUGCCAUUUUGGAAGAUCGCCGUAUUACUGUUCGUCAGCUAGCCUAAGAUAUAGGACAAAAUUAUUCAUGACCAUCUGCAUAUGCAAAAGUUGUCUCCUCGAUGAGUUUUUAGGCUACACACCUUUUUUCAGAAGCAGAUCCAGAAACUAAGGCCCCAUCAAUCAAUGGAAGCACUUUGACUCACCCCACUCAAAAAAGUCACAUGUCACACCCUCAAUAAGGUCAUACUCACGCACUUUUGGGACCAAAAUGGAGUAUUGAGGAUAAGUUUUCUGGUUCUACAAUUACAUGAAUGUCUGCCUCCUACAAGACAACGCCCCUGUUCACAACUAUGACAUUGCCCAGAUGGAAGUGUGGUUCUAUGGGUACAACAUCCUUUCUCAUCCUCCUUAUUUUCCUUAGCUUGCACCAUCUGACUUUCAUCUCUUUCCGUCCAUGAGGUUACUUUUGAAGGGUAAACACUUCCAAGAUGAUGAGACACUGAUUCUGAAGUCAGUUCAGGCUUCAGAUGCACCCUGUGGACAUCUACAAAAGAGGAGUCCAAAAAAAUGUUGAGAAAAACUAAUAACUGUACGACGUCUCAUUCCUGUAUCUGAUGGGAAGUGGGUCAGGGGAAACCUUUUCACUGAUAUGCUCUGAAAUUAUAUUCCCUGUGUGAUAUGCAUUUUCUGGAUUUUCUGAUUAACACUUCGAAGCAGUUUUGAAUAUUUCGUCUUGUAGCACAUGUACAUAUAAUUAUGGAACUAUUAGGCAAUAAAUAACCACCCCGACAAACAAGGGUAGGUAACACCUGCCACCGUUUGUUAUAUCACAAAUUUACUGAAACUGAAUAUAUGAAUGUGAAUGUCGUUUUCAACUUAACCAUCAGGUAUACAGCAAAAUAAAUUAUAACAAGUA